AUGUCCCCCAGCACCUGCUUCUGUAGUUGCUGCGACACCAGAACGAAUAUAAGUGGCACUGCACAGGCUGCUGCAUCUGCAGGACCUGAACACGAGCUCUCUAACCCCUCUGUCGCAGUAGGUGAAGCACCUGUUGCUGAUGCUGCUGCAGCUCCUGUUGCUGCGGCUGCCCUUAUUACUGUUAAUUCUCAGGCUGUACCAUUGACACAGCGCCGGUUAAGCACACUCCGUACCCCCCACACGCGUGAAACUGACGAUAGCUCAGGCAACUGUUAUUUGCCUUGUCUACCCGUCAGGGCGGCAGCAGCAAGGGCCUCUGCAGCACCCUCUACAUGUGAGGUAGUCAAUGCCACAAAAGCAGCAACAGUUGAAACAGCAGGACCGCAGCCCUCUAGCGAAGGGUUAGCAACGUCAACAGCAGCAGUAGAUGUCCCAUUGGGGCAGGUGCCACUCGCGUGGCACUUGCACUGGAGCAACUUUCACGAUAGGAGACUUAGGCACUGCAGCUGCAAUAUAUUCAACGAUGGCGGCAGCAAUGGGAAGUACGGAAGUGGCAACUACAGGUGCAGUCAAAACAUUCACGACGGCAGCUACUGCACCGGCGGGAGCAGGUGUUUCAGCAGCAACAGUCGGAGCGGCUCCACUGUGCACCGGCUACCUGUCAGCAGGACGUGUUAUGCUGCCUGCAGAAGCAGGCCGGCUGCUGCUUCUACGGCGUCUGCUGCAACAUCUGGUGAGCAUCAACCAGCGGUGGACGGUUCGAAGAAGCACUCAGACGUGCGGGAGCAGCAGUUGCUGGAACGGCAACACUUGCAGAAAAACGAGGAGGAUGACCCGAGGAUGUUGAAGAUAAUGCGCACCCAUGCGUUCCUGCAUCUUACCAGUGGAGCUGUGGCAGGUGCCGUCUCUCGCACCGCCACAGCCCCGCUGGACCGCCUGAAGGUUAUGCUGCAGUUGCAACCGUUUUCGGUGCCGUUGAGGCAGGCUGCUCGAGUUAUCAUGCAGCAAGAGCUGUCAGGCAAGGCUUCUGGGGUAGGUUGUGCAUCUACUGCUGCCGUCGUUGCUGAUGCACUAAGCAGCAGUAGCAACCCUAGAAGCAGCAGCAAAAAUCAAAGGUCUCCGCAAACAUCCAGAUCAGUUGAAAGGGGCCCCUCGAAGCAGUUUCAGCAGCAGCACGGUGUGCGAGCGGAUGUGCGGUCUGCAUCAACAGUAAGAAGCAGCAGUAACGGUAGCUGCUGCUGCAGCACGGGUAGCAACAGGAUGAGCAGCAGCGGCCACUUGCUGCUGGGGGGUUGGCGCGGUUUCUUUAGGGGGAAUUUGACCAAUUGUUUGAAAGUUGUGCCGGAGACAGCCGUCAAGUUCUACAGCUACGACAUCUGCAAGCAUGCGUUGGCCCACAGGAAGCAGCAGCAACAGCAACCACAGCAGCAGCACCAGCAGGGGGAACAGGGGGAGCCUCACUUGCAGCUUUUGGACAGGUUCCUCUGUGGAGCAACGGCGGGUCUGUGUGCACAGCUCCUCAUUUACCCCAUGGAGCUCGUGAAGACUCGUCUAGCAGCGUAUGGCCCGGGGUGUAUGUAUACCGGAGUGCUGCAGUGUUUUAGGGCUAUUUACAAAGAGGGUGGCUUCCGGCGGCUGUACAGAGGUGUGGGCCCGUCUUUGCUGGGCAUUAUACCGUAUGCAGGAAUUGACUUGGCUGUUUUUGAGACUUUAAAAGAAGCGUAUGUGCAAAGAGUGAUUGUCCCCAGACAGCAGCAGCAGCUGGACCAGCAGCCGCUACAAUUGCGCCCGACGUGCAACAACUGUAUCUCCGAGACCUCCCCUGGGGGGAUGGUCCCCUUUGCCCCUGGUGCAACAGCAGCUACAGGAGGUGCCCCAUUCGCUUCUGGGUCGUCGCGAAGCCGCUGCUGCUGUGAUGAGAGCAGCAGUAGCAGCGGUUUGCCCCCCGCGUCGCCUCCUGCUGCGGUGCUGCUGUUGAUGGGCGGCUGCAGCAGCCUCAUUGGGCAGGUCCUGGCAUAUCCUACGGCAUUAGUGAGGACGCGCAUGCAGGUGGACGGGAGCGGGGGCCAGCCUUUGCUAUACCGCAGUAGCGCGGCAGCUGCAGCCGCGGCCGUUCGCCAAGGGGGUCUCCGGGGUCUCUACCGAGGUCUUCAGGCGAAUUGCUGCAAGGCCCUCCCAGCUGUAUCACUUUCAUGGAUUGUGUAUGAGAAGAUGAAGUACGCCAUAAGUAGCUUUGAGAGGGACUGGAGCCAAAAAGUGGAGCAGCAACGGCUCGCUGCAAAAUCCAGGCCGUGA